AUGUCUUCGACGCACUCUCGCAGUGGGUCAGAUGACACAAAUGCUACUUCCAUGUCUUACAUCCUGGAGCACGUACUGCAAUAUCCCGGCAGCUACGAAAUUCCUCUCCGAACCAUGUACACACUGAACUGUGUGCCCCGUACUCAACAUCCUUCCAAGAACCAGUCCCGCGGUCACACACCAAGCAACAGUACCGGCGGCGCAUCACCGACCACAGGACAAUUUGCCUGGAACGGCACUGAGUCGGCAACCAUGAACUUCACAUCUGAGCUCGUGACUCACCUCAACAAGCUGCCUACGCAGCAAAGCUCGUUACCGCCCACAUUCAUCAUCAACUUUGUAAGCCGGUGUUUCCAUCCCGAACUUGGUCUAGUCGACUUUCCCCAAGCCUUGACCGCCCUCGACUACCUGAGAGAUCUGGAGAACAGGCGGCGUAAAGAGAUGGUAUCAGCGUUUGAGAGGUUACACAUCCAUCCUGAGUCGUUCGAGAAUGACAUGGAGUCAAUGGCUGAGACUUUCCCCGGUAUCGCUCUAUGGGUAAGGAAUGUUGAAGCCAAGAACAAGAAGGCUGAGAGCUACUAUGCUCAGGUUUACCUCGGCGUACGUCGAUGGGUCAUGAUCGAGGAGCUCAGGAAUGAACCUUUCAACAAACUCAAUUGCAUGGGCAUGCUCAAUACUCUGUUACCGCCCAUGCACGGUUCAUCCAAGCUCCCUUCGCCUGUUAUGGAUCAUCAAACGCUGAAGGACGAGCGAGAUGCAUUCUUUGAUUACACCAACGCCGUCCAGAAGAAUGGUCCCAGCGUACUUGAUCCUAUCAUUACUCACAACGCAGGGCCUGACGAGGAGACUGGUUGGCCUGUUGUUCAGAAGACCAUUGACAAGUACCUGAGAGUAGCCAAGCACAUGAUUGACGACUGUCUCGCUACCACAGGGCCAGAAUCGUUCAAAGCCUACAUUGAGGAGCGGAAAGGCAAGAAGACAGACUCUGGCGUCAGUUUCGGCUCUGAGCGCCAACCAAGCGUGGGCCAUUCAGCAUAUGAGUCUGCUGCAGAGCUGAUGCCUAGCUACGCACCCACAUCCAAGGGAGCUUCCAAGCUGGAGAGAAUUACCCGAGAGUUCAGGCGCAUGCGAGUCAAGCCUCGCCCGAGUGUCGAUGAGAUUGUUCGCGUUAGCUCUCCUACCGACUCCGAUUGUGUUGCACAAGCGGCUGAGCACAAGGAAAGCAAGCUCAAGAAGGUACGGUCCUUCGCUAGUCUCAAGUUCGGAAACAGCAGCACCUUGUCACUCGCUAGCCGGAAAGGUAGCGACGCGAGCGAGGCCUUCGACUCCGAGCAGAUGAAGAGGGCCCGAGCCAUGUACAACGCCUCCGUGAGUAAGCACUAA